AACACAUCAGCCUGAGCAGCGUGUUUGCAUGUGUAUGUGUGUGUCCAGGGAGAAAACACAGCCUGAGAGUGUAUGGUCCUGUUUAUACCUUGGAGGAGCGGACGGCACGUCUGCUCCCAGGAGAAAGGAUUCACAAUGACUGAGAGAAUUUGGGAAAUCUAAGGGAAUUUUCAGGUUUCACUGGGAGUACUAUUUGGAAUACUCUGGAUAUGUGAGGUGCUCAGGAAGUCCUGUUUUCAUCCAAACCUGCGCUUUUAAAACUCACCAUCAUUUACUCAAAUUUCUGUUAAAGGAGAGUCAAGUCAGCCACAAUGCCUACCGACGAUUUUAACUACCUGCCUGAUGCAUUGCCGCCUCUCCCUGAAGUUCCGGACUCUGGCUCUGCCCUGAGCUCCGUUGACAUCCCGGCCCGCUGCCUCCGCAACCCGGCCUUCCGCUACACCUCCUCGCGCUACUGCUCCGCCCUCAGCAUGGACUCCUCUCCCGACAGCGCCGAAAGGCCGACUAGCUACAGCUCCACCUCGUCGUCCGCCUCCUCCCGGGACAGUCACUGCUCCCUGGGCAGCCGCUCCACCCUCAUCCCUGCCCCUCACUGUAACCCGGGGACUCCAGACCGAGACUCUGGGGCAAUUCGGCUGGAACUGGUCCCUGCCCGGCAGCUGGGCUGCGGGGAGGAAGAGGACAGAAAUGAUAGAGGGAUGGACACAGGAAGGGGGCAAAGGAGACAGAGCAGUGAACAGACUCUGACAGAACAUUCAGAGCCUGAGCUGAGUCCAGAGGGAGGUGAGCGGACGGGUCAGGGACCCAGAACAUAUGUGGACCGAGUGGUGCAGGAGAUACUGGACACAGAGAGAACAUAUGUCCAGGACCUGCGAAGCAUUGUAGAGGACUACUUGGAGUGUAUCAGUAACCAGUCUCGACUGGCCUUGAGCUCUGAGGAUAAAGGUUCUUUAUUCGGCAACAUCCAGGACAUCUACCACUUUAACAGGGACCUGCUUUAUGAUCUUGAGAAGUGUAACGCUGACCCUGUGGCCAUCGCAGAGUGCUUCGUGUCCAAGAGCGAAGAAUUCCACAUUUAUACCCAGUACUGCACCAACUAUCCACGGUCGGUGGCUGUGCUAACUGAGUGCAUGAGAAACAAGGCGUUGGCCAAGUUUUUCCGCGAGCGCCAGGAAUCUCUGAGGCACUCCUUGCCCCUGGGCUCCUACCUGCUCAAGCCAGUGCAGAGGAUCCUCAAGUACCACCUACUGCUGCACGAGAUAGCCAACCACAUGGAGAAGGACACAGAGACCUAUGAGGUUGUGCAGGAAGCCAUAGACACCAUGCAGAGAGUGGCCUGGCACAUCAACGACAUGAAGAGGAAACAUGAGCAUGCAGUUAGGCUGCAGGAAAUCCAGAGCCAGCUGACCAACUGGAAAGGUCCUGAUCUGAUUGGCUACGGAGAGUUGGUUCUUGAAGGAACGUUUCGUCUGCAGCGAGCCAAGAACGAGAGAACUCUCUUCCUGUUUGACAAGCUUCUGCUGAUUACCAAGAAACGAGAAGAAACCUACACCUACAAGGCUCACAUCCUGUGCUGUAACCUGAUGCUGGUGGAAGUUAUUCCUAAAGAACCACUGAGUUUCAGCGUGUUUCACUACAAGAACCCCAAGCUGCAGCACACAGUCCAGGCCAAAUCACAGCAAGACAAGCGCAUGUGGAUCUUACACCUCAAGAGACUCAUACUUGAAAACCAUCCUGCCAAAAUCCCUGCCAAGGCCAAGCAAGCCAUUUUGGAAAUGGAUGCAAUGCAUCAUCCCGGGUUUCAUUACACAGCUGAUGGUGACAAGAAGGAUUCCCCUCAAACCAAGGAGGGCCCGACUCCUCGAAGAGGACGCAGGAAAGAACCUCUAUCCAAGUUACUGAAGAAUGCCAAGCAGAAUGCUGCAAACACCGACGGUGAAAAGCGGACAAGUCUGGGUGCCACCCUGCUCUCUCCUGUGUCCCAGCUGGCUCUGGGCACCAUUGGUCGCAGCCGCAGCUUAAUCAACCAGUCACAAGAAUCCCUGGACCCCGGUGAUCACUAUGACCACAGUGACAGAGAGGAAGGAGAGGAGCCACAUCAGCAGGAUGCAGAUGAUGAAGAUGACAGCGGUCUGGGAGGCGGAAAGAGGCUGCGAGUCCCAGGCAAAAGUAGUAGGAAGAGGCUGAACCCUCAGGCAUCUGUUGAUAGUAUAGAACAGUGGAAAGCCUUCAACAUGAGUGCCUCAGACCUACAGAGGGCAAGAGAGUCUCUGGUGAGGGAAAGUAGUCACCACCCGCCGCUCCUCAGGACACCUCAUGUGACGGAGGAACCUCCAGACUCCCCUAUACCCUCCGUAAUAGUCACAGAAAGUGACCAUUCAGUGAGGAACAUCUGGGCAGACCAUCGGGCUCGUAGGGCCAUGUUCCCUACUCGCCAGAGAACCAUGCAGCCUGAUGAUGAGGAUGAGGACAUCUACCAGAUGUUUGUUCCCACAGAGCCCAGUGGACCAGAACCAGAGGUGCCCUCGGAGAGGUCAGAGGCCACCUCAUCGCCCAGGACAGCUCGUCCCUGCAGCUGGCACGUCGAACAGGUGCCUGCAGUGCAGAUUGACCCUCCACCCAAUGGAAGCAGAGUCCUACGGAGGGCGAGCAGUGCAGGGGAGAAGGGUACAGAGGCUCGACAGAGUCCUGAUGAUGAUCAGUCUGCUCACAGCAACCUGGAAGUUAUCCACACUGAAUCAUCCAGCAAUGACAUAUCUGGAUCAUCCUCAGCUGAGCAGCUGACAAUAGACGAUAUUGAAAAUGUAUAUGACAACAUCAGCUAUGAAGACCUAAAGAGCAUGGGCCUCAUCAGGAGAGACCCAGAGGAAAGCCAGUCACGGAAAGAGACAUCCACAGAUGGAAAGGGUUCCCAGGACCAAGCGGCAAGGGUACUAAAUGAUGUUUCAGGGGUCACAGAGCCUAUGAUAGAACCAGACAGCUCCUCUGAGAGCAACCGGUCCUCCACACAGGAGGGGAAGCAAUUUGGGACAUGUGAGCUCAAGAUAGUGGAGGAGAACAUCUACGACACCAUCUGCUUCAGGAAUCCACCAUCAACAGAGCUUAAAGGGCCAAAUGAUGGCAACAGACUCAAUAAACAAGAGAGGGACAGUCUGCUGGCCUCUGAACAAGACCUGACUGAAAGUCUUGGAGGGUUUGUAUCUGAGGAGAGCCUCCACUUUGGAGAGGAUGAAGGACCAGACGCCUCCCAUCCUGUUCCAUGUUCCUCUGAGCCAGAUUAUUCCUCCUCGUCCGCCUCUGAGACGUUCUCCCAGCGUUCACAGAAAGGGGAUAAGAUGUCAGAGCAGGUUGAUGAGAUCUGGAACGAUCUAGAAAACUACAUCAAGAACAAUGAAAAGAAAGCAGAUCGACUUCCUGCCGCCUUCCCUGUUAGUGCCGUCGAGUCUUCUAAAAAGGCCUCAUCAAUCAAAAACAGCCCUAAAAAGAGCACCCCUGUAGUUAGCCCCCAAGCGGCCAGUCCUCCAUCCAAGAGUCCCCCAUCACAUCAGCCUAAACCUCCACCCAUCACGUCCACACCAUCAUUCACCAUUCCAGUCAUCAACCUCCCUGAUCAUCAGAGUGAAGGCACCACUGAAGAAGAACAUGAAAGCCCUGCUCCCACUUCACAACCCCUUCCUGUAACCCCAGAGCCCCUCCCAGGCACAGUAAAGAGCAUUCGUAACAGAUUGGCCCGCCUCAGCAGUGGCAGCUUCCGCCUAGAGGACGACGACCUGGUGGAGCUUCCUCCACGAAAUCCCCCUCAGAGGGAGAAUACUCUCAAAGACAUUCAUAGUUUGUUUCCAGGGGAGCUGGCAGGUCUGGACACCCCCCUGGCCUCCUCCUCUCUCCUCCUUGGUGAGUCUGUGGACUUCCCCCUGGAGCUUAUGGAUAAAACAAAGAGCAGGGUGUUCCUGAUGGCACGGCAGUAUAGCCAGAAGAUCAAGAAAGCCAACCAGCUGCUGCGCAUGAGGAGCAUGGACCCUGGAGAUUCUUGUAGUCGGGCCAGAGCUGAGAAGAGGCAGAAAGACCUGGCAGCCAUCUUGGAGGAGAAGAAACAAGGGGGUGCGGCCAUAGGUGCAAGAAUAGCAGAGUACUCCCAGCUCUAUGACCAGGUAAUGUUUAAGGAUCCUCCUAGUCCUGCUGGUCAGACCACCACUACCCCACACCACACCCAUCCAGGGCUGCCGUCCUCUCCAUCCAUGCCUGAGACCUCCCUGGAGGAGGACUGGCUUCACUCCACAUACAGCAACGGAGAGCUAGCCAGCUUUGUCACCGAGGUGGGGGAUGCUCGAGCAUCUUCCACUCCACAGCGCAGACUCACCUCCGCCUGCUCCAUCCCUUCUCUCAAGACUUUGCCUCCCUCUCCAACCACCCCACCUUCCCAGAGGUGGAGUUCAUGCAUGUCGGCGCCAAGCGAAAAAGAGGAGCACGUGUACAGUUCCAUUAAGAGACAUCCGUCCUUUAACGCACCAUCUUUGCCCUCCUCAACGUCUUCUCCAUCCAGUCACUGUCAGUCAGUCAGCUCUCUUGGAAGCCAGCAGCAGGAGAAGAACAACCAGUCUGGACUCAAAUGUACCAGACCCACUGUGGACCGAUCCACAGAUAGACUCCGUGGUCCUAGUCUGGGCCGGGUUGGCCGCCAGAGUAGCCUCCCAGAGCGGUCUACCCUGGGACAGUCAGACCUCACCUUGCACGAUGGUCAACAGGUGGUGGUCCUGAAUCGGGCAUCUGCACUGAGCAUACUCACCGCCACUCAGAACUACCUGGCCAACUUCAAGGACAAUGGGGAAGAUGACGAUGACUACGUAGAGAUCCGCUCAGAGGACGAGAGCGAACAGGAGCACGACCAGUUGGCGCAGAAAAAUGGCUGCUCAGCAGUUCCCUCCAAUCAGAAUCGAGGUCUUGUCCAGUCCCAGAGUCUGCCGUGUACCCCGGUGCGCUCCUGUGACCCGCUGAGGUCUCUAGACCGUGAGCAUUUGGAGAAAUACCUGUGGAGCGAGCCGCAGCAGAACCAACCCAAAAUCGUCCAGUCUUUGAGGGAGAAGUUUCAGUGUCUGAGCUCCAGUAGCUUUGCCUGAAGCUUGGCGACAACAAAAAGCCAAAUAUAUAUUAACAUACAGCAUAUACAAACAAAGGGGGCACUGCUGCUUUGCACUGAAUGCCCUACAUCAUACAACAUCAUAUUCCACAAACAAAACAGAUAUUACACGUUAUUAAACGUAACAUGGCUCAAGAUAGAUCAGAAGCAAUUUCUUUGAUUUCAUCCAUGUUUGUAACAACUUCUGUGAAUACUUAUACUUUCUGUUACAGGGCUUCAAAGUAAAACACAUCAUAGGUUACUUGAAAUGCCACAUCAAAGCAUGCAUUUGAGCUGCCUUAGCACUUCCAGGUUCAAAAAGCCUUCAUAUGUAUGUUUCAAAGCGUAGUGUUCUGGUGGGCAAAAGUUAGCAAGAAGUGGUCAAAGCGGUCAAUUGUUUGUAAAGGUGUUGAGUAUGACUGAAUGGACUUUAAUUAAAUGAAUUCAAGCUCUUUCAGCCUUGUAGCGAUAACUGGAGUCAUAUAUAUUGACUCUGCAGGAGGAUUUGUGCCAAUAAACUGAACAGAUACAAUAGUUCAGGAUCAUCUGUUUCCAAUUGUGAGAACCUGAGUCUUUUCUGUGCCCAACAUCUCAAAGUACAAGCAUCCAAAAUCAGUUGAUCUUUGGCAGAUGUUGACUCCCCAUGUCAAUAGUACCUCUUUAAUCAUGAGGUCUUUCUUUUAAUUCACUCUUAAGGUUAUUUCAACUGCAUUUUAGCACUAGUUAAACCUGUACAGGAGAGGUGAACCGCAGUGGUGGCUAGUGUUUUUAACUGUGCUUACACUAGUCCGACAGUUCUGAACAAGCAGCUUUACAAAUUUGCAGUUCAAAUUUGCACUUGUCACAUUUGCUACUCAGGCUAGUUUGUAACUUUUAACAGCUUUUUAGCAAUAAUUAUAAAAGAAAUGAUGCAACUGUAAAGAAAACAUGUUGGCUAUUACAGGAUCCAAUAGGUUAAGUAUAACUAGACUUAGACCAGUAAGUCUAUUUGAACUUUUCAUUUCACUCCACCUGCCGCCUUUGUCAUCAAUAGGGUAUCGUGCUUUAAAAUCAAGAGAAGAUGCUGAUAUUUUAGAUAAUCUAUAAGAAAUUGUAGGACUUCAUAUUUAUUUUGAAUCUGUGAGCAAAUCAGAGAUGUUUUUACAUUGAAUUGUCUGGGGGCAUCCAUUAUGUAGAGUGAAAUGUGCAUCUCAACAAGUGGUUGAUGGUUUUUGUUUUUUUGUUUUAAAAUCAUGCUAAGUUUAAUAUUCAUCUUCAAGAGGGACCACGAAGGAGAACAUUAAGGAGAGUUAGUUAAAAAAAAAACUACAGUACUGUAUUUGGUGUUUUUUUUUUUUUUUUUUUUGUUAAUUCAAAUGGAUAGUCAACUUUUUGUUUACUUUGUUUACAUUAUGGGACACUCCCAGCUGUCACACUACUGAUAUUGCAUCCACUCACAGAAAGAAAGUCUCAGUGAGAUAGUUGUCAGUCACUUCAGUAAGGUUCAUACAACACGAUUGUUUUCUCUCGCCUUGAAGCAUACCCAGUAUAUUUACCACACACUUAUUGAAACUGUUAAAUUUCUUUAAAAAGAUCAGUAAAUGUGUCCUAUUUAUUUGAAAGCAUCCCUAUGUUAUUGUCCAUUAUCACUAUUACUUUAAGCCACAGAUAGAUUGUAAAUGAAAUUAAAACAUAUUUAUUAAAAGACGGUUUUAUUCUCAUUUAAGGGCACUCACUAAAUUUGAAUCAGAUACUGUGAAUAUUUUCAGAACUGAUCUUUUAUUUUCUAUCACGCACUGCUUAAUUAAUUAUUAAGUUCCAAAUCACUAAAUCAUGUGAAAAGUUGAAAAGCACAAUAUCAUGGCCUACUGCUCAUAUCAGAAAAUACGCAUCAAACACAAGUUAAGAAUAUGAAGUAUAUUUUGUUUUUAUGUUGUUUUUUUUGUACAUUUUUAUCCUCUGUUUCACUGGUGGGGAUUGUCAGUCUUCAUUGACUCUUUUUUGUUGCACUUUUCUGUCUUUUUUACAUUUUAUUUGUAAACACUUUGUAAAGAUGUACAUUUUAGGAAACUUAUUCUUGUAUGCCAUAGGUAUGCUUUGUAAUGCUUUAAUGUUUAAGUUAAAUGUACUGUAUUUUUUUAACUGCCUAGUUGUCAUUGCUCAACAAAACAAUGUAUCAGAGGUAAUAAACUCAGAUUA